AUGGAUGACCCAAUUGAGGUGCUGUUCUCCUCCCUGCCUUCUCCCAGGGAGAUGGACUCUGCCUGUCCGGAGGAUGCUGUCAACCUCCAGCGAGUCAGCGACGCACUGUCCAAGUUUGUCGCAGAUUCUGCCUCUCAAAAGUCCUGUGACCCAGACGCGAUGAACCUAUUGCGGUACGCGAGACUGGUCACAAGUGGCAAGAAAGACGCCGCAUCCUUCAUACGCCACCUAUCUCGGUUUGCCUUGUUCAAAAAGACGUUCACAGGCUCUGAUACGAAGCAGCGCCAGCUGGAAUACUACCGCUGGGUUGGAAGAGGCCGCAAGUCGGUUGAAUCCCCCUUCAAGGGUGAAUCCGAGCCGGCCGUACUGCCGGAGUCAAACAAAUCCCUCACAGAGUAUGUUGCACCCACCUGCAAUUACUGCAACAAGAAGGGCGUCGACUUCUAUUGCCAGGGAUGCUACAUGGCGUUUGCCGAGGGUGCCUUUCAUGCUACAUACUACUGCAACGAGGAGUGUCAAGUCCAGGACCUCCCCCGUCAUCUCUGGGUUUGCCAGGACUGGAACAAGGUCAGGCGAGCCGCAUUGCUCUUCCAGGGAUUGAUCAAUUCGUACAUCAUCAGGGCCAAUGACCGUUGGCUCCUCGGAUCCAGAGACAUAGAUGGCGUCACUGUUGCCAACUUCGACACCCAGGACGCCAUGAACUUCAUGGGCGGACACCUCGUCCAUGACUUUGAUUGGCCCGUGGCUGAAGACGGGGAUCGAGCUAUCGAAGCUCUGAUGAAUGGCCAGGGAGAAACUGUUCUCAAGCGAACCCGGUGUGUCUUCGAUCUCGUCUUCAGAGUCAUCUUUCCAUGUGACGUAAUCGAAGCAGUGACCUUCUAUCCCAAGAACCUCGAGCGCCCGGUUCUGUCCGACACGCCUUCCGGCAUCACAAAGCGAGCCAUGAAGAGCUUGAACUCCCUAAAUCUACACACAGCGUUCCGAAUCACCAUGGCCUCGGGCUUGAAAGUCAUGUAUGAUCCUACAUGUCGGCAGUUUGGCUGGAUGGACUACCUCACUCCACUCGGCCUCUACCAGGCCGUCCGCAUGCACCAUGUGCAAAACGUCGUCCGUCUCUCCCCAGUGCCCAUAGACCCUGCGGCUCGACAGAUGUUCGGCGAUCCCGAAUGUCCAAACCCACCGACCUGGGCGCCAGCACAUUCCGUCGGCUACCUCCAGGAUGCCCUGGCUGGCCGUCUCUACGAGUCAAUCAGCAAGUCGCUCGUUCACCGGGAUGACAUGGCUCUGAUCACCUCACAUUUCAUGAACGCCAACUAUAAAUAUUAUCAUGUAAUCUGUCGUCGUAUCGUGGACACUGCUAGCCAGUGCCUCGAUGAGGCGAACAAGGAGCAGACGGCGCUCCCUUCCUUCAAGGCCUACUACGAUCCCGCUGGGCGCCGGGGAGUCACCCGGUCCGUUGGAGAGUACAACCUGAUGGUCCCAAUCUGGUUCACCGAAGAGGAGUACAACGAGAUCGUGCACGAUCGUCCCAGGAUCGUUGACGAGUGGCUCAACCGCUUCAAGAGGAGCCUCGAUGAGACGAGGCAUGAGGACGAACAGAAAAAGCGCGAGCGGGAAGAGGCGCGACGGUGUGCAGAGAACAGGGUUCGCUCCGCAAGAGAGGAGCAACUGUCUCAGGACAAUAAACACCUCAAAGAGCUCGAUAAAGAGAUGGGAACGCUCGGGGAUGAGCUUGGGGAUAUGGAGAGCGAGAUAGAGGCGAACACACGGACGAUGGAAAAGAAUGAGAAGCAAAUGCAGCUGCUCCGAGAGAAGAUCGAGCAGGUCAAACACGAGAGAGCCAUGGCCCAGAACAUGGUAAAGGCACUCGAGUUCCACAUUGCGCGCCUCAACGGCGGAAGAGUCUAA